AAAAAAAAAAGAAAAAAAAAGAAAAAAAAAGGUAAAAAAGAAGUUGGCGGAUACUCUGUGGGCGAGUCAAAAUAAGUAGACGAACCUAACACAAAACUCUUUGAGAAAAAAAGAAAGGUUUUGGGAUUAUUUUUACGGAAUUAGAGCUUUUUUGAGAGGAAUUCUUGGAAAAUUUCCAUCUGAUUGAGAGAAAAAUGGGAGCUGAUGAGAAUGCAGAACAGGAAUUCGUCCCCAAGCAGAAGAAAUCUUCCAGCGAAGACGAAAAGAGGCGAAAGAAUAUUACUCCUGGAAGUCUGAUGAAAGCUCUCAUUAGGUCAGGAGGGGGUACUGAGAAACCUAAAGAUGGUGACCAGGUUAUAUUUCAUUGCACAACUCGAACACUGGAUGGAGUUAUUGUUGAAUCUACAAGACCGGAACAUGGAGGCAAAGGUAAUCCCAUAAAAUAUGUCCUGGGGAAAAGCAAGAUGAUAUUGGGACUGUGUGAAGGAAUUCCUACCAUGUUGAAGGGUGAAGUGGCAAUGUUCAAGAUGAAGCCUGAGCUACACUACGGUGAGGUUGAUUGUCCAGUUGCAGUUCCGGAAGGUUUCCCCGAACGUGAUGAACUUCAUUUUGAGAUUGAGCUGAUAGAUUUCUUUAAAGUCAAGGUCAUCAGCGAAGAUUUAGGAGUUUUGAAGAAGAUAAUAAAUGAAGGGCAAGGGUGGGAAUCACCAAGGGAACCGUAUGAAGUAAAACUAUGGGUUACAGCAAAGACAGGCGAUGGAAAAGUGAUUCUUUCCCACACAGAAGGAGAACCGUUUUUCUUUACCUUUGGGAAAGCUGAGGUACCUAAAGGGCUUGAGAUGGGAAUAGGAACAAUGGCACGAGGGGAGAAGGCAAUAAUAUACGUUAGCAGUCUUUACUUAACUCAGUCCCCUUUCAUGCCAGUGGUUGAUGGUUUUGAAGAGAUUCAGUUUGAAGUGGAGUUAGUCCACUUUAUUCAGGUGCGGGAUAUGCUUGGUGAUGGGCGUCUCAUAAAACGCCGCAUUGUUGAUGGAAGAGGUGAGUUUCCUAUGGAUUGCCCUCUUCAUGAUAGUCUACUAUGUGUGCACUAUAAGGGCAUGCUUCUUAACAAGGAAAGGACGGUGUUCUAUGAUACGAGAGUUGAUAAUGAUGGUCAGCCUUUGGAGUUUGGUUCCGGAGAAGGACUGGUGCCUGAGGGGCUUGAGAUGUGUGUUCGCCUUAUGCUGCCUGGAGAGGUAGCUCUCGUCACAUGCCCUCCUGAUUAUGCAUAUGACAAAUUUGCAAGGCCUGCGAAUGUUCCGGAGGGUGCUCAUGUUCAGUGGGAAAUUGAAUUGCUUGGUUUUGAAAUGCCCAAGGACUGGACUGGUUUAAGCUUCAAAAGUAUAAUGGAGGAAGCAGACAAAAUUAAGAACACGGGAAACAGGCUAUUUAAAGAAGGAAAAUUUGAACUUGCUAAGGCGAAGUAUGAGAAGGUUCUUCGAGAGUAUAAUCAUGUUAAUCCACAAGAUGACGAGGAAGGGAAAAUCUUUUUAAAUUCAAGAAACUCGCUACAUCUAAAUGUGGCAGCAUGCUACCAGAAAAUGGGUGAAUGUAGAAAAUCCAUUGAAGCAUGUAACAAGGUGCUAGAUGGGAGCCCUGCGCAUGUUAAAGCUCUCUAUCGCCGUGGGGUUGCGUACAUGUCAGCUGGGGAUUUCGAUGAAGCAAGGAGCGACUUUAAAAUGAUGAUAGAAGUCGACAAAUCCUCAGAACCUGAUGCUACUGCCGCCCUUAUGAAACUAAGACAAAAGGAACAGGAAGUUGAGAAAAAGGCUAAGAAACAAUUCAAAGGAUUGUUUGACAAGAAACCGGGAGAGAUUGCGGAUGUUGGACAUGACUCGAUGGUAGAACCGAACCCAGAAACGGAAAACCAUGAAGCUGAGGAAGUGGACCAAAAUGAGAAUGAACCGGAGAGAGUUCGUGAAGCUGCUCCCAUGGGUCUUUUUGCACGGUUGUGGCCUACAGGUAGGAGGUUUUUCACAGCUCUAGGAUUAGAAAGAUGUUCUAUUCUGUGAGGUAGAGAUAUUGUAAUUGUAGCUUUGAAAUGCUCCCUGGCCCACUUUGCCUGGACCUGAGUUGGAUCGGGCAGUUGGGGUAAAUGUAGUAAUAAUAAUCAUCUGUAGCCUGUGUUACUACUUGAACUUCCCACAUGAAAAUAUCGAAGGGGUACAAGUUG